AUCACAAAGGACAUAUUCAAUCAAGAGCGGCAAUAUCUAUCUAAUCAACGAUCGUUGGCGUUAAUCAGUGGGCCGGUGACCGCGGCCCGAGCCACACGCGCGCCCGCGCACUCGCCCGAAGCGAUAUAAAUACGAUACAGCGCUGCGCUAUGGACAACUUUCAAGUCUUGGACUUCACUUCGCUGAGCGAGACCGUACAACAGUUACUUCGAGAAGCAGUCGUAGCAAGACAACGAGCAUACUGCCCUUAUUCAAACUUCGCAGUGGGCGCUGCCAUACUGACGGAAGAGGACUCCAAAACUUACUCGGGAUGUAACAUCGAAAGUUCAACCUUAGCUCCUUCGAUAUGUGCUGAACGCUGCGCAGUGCCCAAAGCGGUGUCAGAAGGAUACCUCAAGUUCAAGAUGGUGGCGGUCAUCGCUCAUCAAACGAACUUCACCGCGCCUUGUGGGGUGUGCAGACAAACCCUCAACGAAUUCCGGGGAUCGAAUGGGGAUAUCGACAUUUACUUAGGGAAGCCCACAUUGGAUAAAGUGUUAUGCACGAAGCUGUCGCAACUACUGCCUCUCUCGUAUGUUAGCUUCAAAGAAGACAGCAUCAAUGUGUAGUUGUGGUCGUGACUCUAGUGCUAAUGGACAAGCUUAAAAGUGAAAUGUGAUUUUAUAAUUCUAAUAAAGGCCGUUAAACGCUA